ACACAGAGGCUGCUUUGUGUGCGGUAUUAAUAGGAAAACAAGAGUCAUGCUUUAAAACAGGGCCAACCCAAGAUCUUUCGAGGCCCUGAGCUCAGAAUGAUUUGGGGCCCUCUUCCUGUUGAGCCCAUCAGUAAACCACCAAAGAUCUUCUAAUGUUGAUUCAUUGUCCAUUUACUCCCCUAGUUUCGUGGUUUAAUCAUAAGCCGACAAUUCAAUUUUCCAAAUCACAAAAUUUGUUUUCACUAAGCUUAAAAAUAGCCACUUGGCAUUCACUUAAAAACAAAAAAAAAAAACAACUAAUGCUGUAGUGACAAGUCUAAUUCUCUGGUUUUAAUUCUUUUGGUUUUCUGCAGCCUUUUCAGACUCGGUGGAGGAGGAACGUCAAGUCAUUGUGUUUACAAACGCAGAACACCAUCAGUAGUUUGAGAUGUUUUGCAAACUGUGAACAUAAAAUGUCAUAAUUACUCAGGUUUUGAAGUAUAAUGCUGCCACCACUGUUUAAAACUUGGAUCCAGUUUUAAAGAAUUCUGAAGGAUUCCUAAAUAGUUUUAAGAAUUGUCAGAAAUCUUUGUAGCAAACUUGUCCUUGACAGAUUUUCAAGCCCCCUUCUGGCUUGGAGGUCCAGAUUAUCCUAAAAUUUUACUUAUUAGCUUUGGGCACAAGCUACUUUGAAACAUGCUUAUGUUUAGCUUUAUUAACUCAUUUGAAUAGUUAAAUUUAGCAGGUCUAGAAUUUGUCGUCCUUCCCCACUUGGGGUCACGAUUCAGAAAGUGUGGAGUCUUCAAAGCUUAAAUUUGAAAGUAAGUAAGUAAUUUGAAAGUUUGGAAGUUGAGAUGAAAGUAAUAAAUUGAGAUGAGAGUGAUAAACUGGCUGCCAUUACUUAACUAACUCCGUGGAAAUCAGGGCUACCAUCUCCUCCCCGUGACUUAUGAGGAUGAAAAGCUGAAAGGUUUGGGAACUACCGGUUUAAAAGAAAUGAAAAUAAAAAGAACAUGAAGAGUACAUUUUCUCUCUGAUCUCUUCACAUCCUCCUGGCCUUGUUUCAGCUCUACAGAAAAAUAUCUUGUUGUUCUUCCCGUUUUCCUCCGGUUGUUGCCUCGCUCAGCAGCCUCUCCUUGCUGACUACCCGUCACAUGCUCUCUGAGUAGCGGCGAUGCAGCCGAGCAGGACGUGAACAGCAGCUCCGCGGAGUGUUUGGGUGAAACGGAGAAGCUUCGCGCCGUGCAGGGAUCUUGUGAUGAGAUGCUGCAUGAUCGAGGACAUUCUUCCACUUCAAAGCCCCCCAGAGGAUUCUGGGGACACUGGUUGAAUAGACACCGAGGGAGGGGUGCAGAGAGGGGGAACAGGUGAUCAACUUGAGAACUGACAGUCAAGAUGACAGCCAUUGAGAGCAAAGAAGAGAUCAGCGACACAGACAGUGGGAUUAUCUUGCACUCUGGCCCAGACAGCCCCACCUCUCCGUUGAAGGACCCGACCACUCACACCAGAGCCCUGAAACUGAAGCAUCAGUCUCUGGAAGAGCGUCUGGAGCUCUGCCUGCUGGAGCUUCGAAAACUCUGCAUCCGGGAGGCGGAACUGACUGGCUCAAUCCCCUCAGACUUUCCUCUGCUGCCCGAUGAGAAGCCGCCUCGGGUCAGGAGGAGGAUCGGAGCGUCUUUCAAGCUGGACGAAGGUCUGAUCCGUCGGGACCAGCAGGAUCCAGAGUUACAAGCUCUGGAAACCGACUUGGCAGUUCAGCGGCAGAUUUACGAGGCGGCCCGAAAACUCUCCCUCGAAGAGAACCUCAGCAAACCACAGAAGAAGAGCCGGCUCCAGCAGUGCAAAAGGGAAGAGAAGAAAGUGAAGGAUCUGCAGGAGGCCGUUUUCCAGCACAGGAUCAAGAGUGAGUGCAACUCACCGUGCAUCUCCAUCUCAAGCAGCCCGAGUAAAGAUACGUCGGAUGACAGCUCCCUUUCUGAUGUGGUGGCUCUGGAUGAUGAUGUAGAUUCGUCUUGCCCACUCUCACCUCCAGUGUUGGACACCUCAGAGUCAGACCCCCUGCAGUCGCCUCAUCAGUCUCCUGGCCCGCUUGCUGUGGAGUUCGAACGCUCCCCAAUCCAGAACUCCCCGUGGAAAGAAUCCAGUCUGGAUCAGCCUUACCAGAGAUCAACAAAACCUCAAACACCUAGCAGAAGCAGGUCCAGUAGUCCAGCAGGAGCUCCGGUGUCUGCAGAGAGCUGCAGGAUUCCUCUGACUCAGUUCGUCAGGAACUCUGCUUUACGAAACAACCACUCCACCAGCGCCCCCUCCACUCCAGAGCUGCUCGUACGCCGACAGUAUUCCCAGUCCUUCAGACUUCCCAAAAAGAAGCUGACUGUCGACAUGGAGCGGCUCGGCUCGGAGAGCUGCCGCGGCCGGGUCUGCCCGCCUCUGCAGCCGUGCAGCCCAGAAACCGUGGUGCUCUCUCCAGAGUUCUCCCCUCCACGGCCGUACCAGUGCAGCUCAGAGGACAGCAGCUCAGAGCACUCCUCAUCCUCCUCCUUCAUCUGCUCUCCAGGAAGGGACAGACCCACCGAUAUUCCCAAGCUCUGCCCCCCGCCUUACGGAUUCCACUUCGGGGCACAGACGAAGGAGCUGUCCUGUUUCCGCGGCCUCCAUAAAAGCCCCGGACAGGUCAGACCCACGCCAGGAAACGGGCCUCUGUCGCCUCGAGACACGGACACGGGGAAGGGCUUCCCGACCGCGACUCCAGGGGCUCACAAUCUGCAAAGAGGAACUCCGUGCCAGAGGAGCAUCCUGAAGCCCCCCCCACCGUACACCAGGUUGGCCCGAACCCCUUCGCUGAAAGACUACCCGAACCACGCCGUCAGGCUGCUGCCCCGGGAGAUCGUGUCAGAGGAGCUGAAGUCCUGGCACCAGAGGAAUCAGCUGCAGAAGUUCUGGCCGGGCUGUGGAGAACAUCAGAGCGUCAUGAGCCCCACCUCUCCUCACCUGCCCCCCUUUGAACAGGGUUCGGGUAACCUGGUCCUCCAGAGAGCCGCAGACGGGACUCCAGUCCAGUGGUUUGUGGCCGAGGACGCUGAAAUCGUGAGCCAGGUGUAACCUGCACCUGUCCAGCUCAUUCCCGUUUAUUUAUCUGUAUUUAUUGUGACUUUAGACUCUCUGUGAGAUUGUUGACACGGUGCAGAAAAGGUGGACCUGUUGGUACCAUUAUGGUAAUUAUUUAUAAUUUAAGGUAAGGUGGAACGCCAGCUUUAUUUAUUUUAGGUCUUAUUAGACUGUAGCUAAAGCGAGGCUCAUGCAAUCUUAAAAGAUUUGUUAAAUGGACCAUAGAUUGUUUUUUUUUUUCUUUGUGGCUGGCACACAUUUUUAUACACAAACGCCCCCUCCUGUAACCAUUAUAGGUUUUCACAUUAAUAUAAUUUUUGACUAUAUUUAUUUAAGUUUUUCCCUUGCAAAAUAGAUUUAUAACAAUUUUGAGACCUUAUUGGACCUAAAUAAAUGUUUUUUUUUUGUAUUUUUAUGACUUGCUGACAUCCUUAAACAGUGGUUUGAUUAAUGUUUUAACUGCAGUAUGCCGUGCUCUUACUAACCGCAUGAUUGUGUGAGUGUUGAGAAUUAUUUUUUUUUGUGGAUAUUUAUAAUAAAACAUUUAAAAACAA